UCAUGCUCCAUUAAGAAACAAUUCAACUGUUUGGAAGUGAAAAUGUGGCAAUGAGCUCUACUUGUACAUUCUGGAUAAGUUGGGGAGCUGCUGGAUGACCAAAUAGUAGGUUUCAGUGAAGCAGAUUGGACUCUGAGAGUGAGGAAAUGAAGUCCUCAAUAAUGCUAUUAUUUCAGAAAGCAAAUUCAUGUUCUGCAUAAGCUAGGCACGGUCCUAUCUCUGUACUGAAUCUCCUAUGUCGCCAAAAAAUUUGAGCUCCUGGAAAUUGAAAUUGCAUUCUUUCUGAUUGCUCGUUGGUCUAUUAUUCCUUCGGAAAAUGGUGGGGAAGAGGAUUUUCAAUGGUAACGGGAAGGAUUUUGAACAAUCAAGGGGGAUUCAUCUUUUUGCAUUAGAAUGAGACUUGUUAUUGGGUGCUAAUUCAGUUGUGCGGCAUCCUGAGUUAAAUGGAUACUUUGAGCUUUGGCUUAUUUUCCUAGUCCAACAAACUGGGUUUAUAACUCCCGAGGUGGUUUUGAGAUUGAUGUCACUAGAAUUUCACCUUAAAUGUUCUUGGUUACAAGUUGAUGACCCUGCAUGCAGCCAUAUUUUGUGAUGAAACUGAGAUAAAGCCAACAUGGUUGCUUCUGACAGUUAAGAGGUGGAAGCUGAGGUUGGAAAUUUAUUUUCAGGAAGCGAGAGCUCUUCUUGGAAAAUUAGAAUAUCAACGAGGAAAUCUUGAAGGUGCUCUGCUGGUGUUUGAUGGCAUUGAUCUUCAAGCUACCGUACAGCGUGUGCAACAUUCAUUAGAAGAUAAACCGCCUUCAAGAAAGGGCCGGACUCGCAGUGAAACAUCAUUUGCUGUCUCGCAGAAUUCUACUAAUCUUGUGCUUGAGGCCAUAUAUUUGAAAGCCAAAUCUCUUCAGAAGUUGGGAAAAUUGACUGAGGCUGCUCAGGAGUGCAAAAGUGUGCUUGAUGCAGUUGAAAAGAUAUUUGUUGAAGGCAUACCCGAUGUGUUGUUAGACAAUAAGCUGCAAGAAACCAUUAGUCAUGCUGUUGAACUCCUCCCAGAGUUGUGGAAGAAAGCUGGUUGCUAUUCUGAAGCAAUGUCUGCAUACCGCAGAGCUUUAUUGAGUCAAUGGAAUAUUGACAAUGAGUGCUGUGCAAGGAUUCAGAAAGCAUUUGCAGUUUUCUUGCUGUAUAGCGGGGUAGAUUUUUGUGCACCCAGUUUAUCUGUACAAAUUGAUGGUUCAUAUAUACCUAGAAACAAUCUGGAAGAAGCCAUUUUGCUUUUGAUGAUUCUAAUGAGAAAGGCUUACCAUGGUAAGAUAAAAUGGGAUCCAUCAGUGCUAGAUCACCUUACUUGUGCUAUAUCCCUGUGUGGGCAAACCUCAGUUUUGGCAAAGCAACUUGAAGAGGUUAUGCCUGGAGCAAUACAUCGUACUGACAGAUGGAAAACUAUGGCACUGUCCUUUAGUGGAUCUGGACAGAAAAGAUCUGCCUUAGAUCUGCUGAAAAAGUCUCUAAACCAGCAUGAAGCACCCAACGAUAUAGUGUCACUUCUUCUGGCUGCCAAAAUAUGCAGUGAAGAUGUGCUUCUUGCCGCAGAUGGCGUUAAAUAUGCACAAAGGGCAAUUGCUAAUGCAAAUGAAUUAAAUGCACAUUUAAAAGGUAUUGGCCUCCGGAUGUUGGGCCUUUGCUUGGGGAAGCAAGCAAAAGUUUCUUCUUCAGACUUUGAAAGAUCUCUUCUUCAGUCAGAAGCCCUGAAAUCAUUGGACAGCGCAGUAGCUCUAGAGUGUCACAAUCCAGAUUUGAUAUUUGAGUUAGGAAUUCUAUAUGCUGAGCACCGAAAUUUGGAUGCGGCUUUGCAAUGCGCCAAGCAGUAUUUAGAUCAAACUGGGGGAUCCAUGAUAAGGGGUUGGCGACUGCUUGCUUUAGUUUUAUCUGCGCAGCAACGGUUUUCGGAGGCUGAAGUGGUAACUGAUGCUGCUCUAGAUGAAACUUCAAAAUGGGAUCAAGGGCCACUUCUCAGGAUGAAAGCUAAGCUCAAAAUCUCUCAGUCACUACAUAUGGAUGCCGUUGAGACCUAUCGUUAUCUUCUUGCGCUGGUCCAGGCCCAGAAAAAAUCUUAUGGACCUCUUGGAAGUUCACCUCAGGUGGAGCAUGAGAAAGUUGAUGAAUAUGAAGUCUGGCACGGACUAGCAAGUUUGUAUGCUAGCCUUUCUCGUUGGAAGGAUGCAGAGAUAUGUUUAGGAAAAGCUAGAGCUCUAAAACAGUAUUCAGCAGAAACAUUACACACUGAAGGUAUGAUGCAUGAAAAACUAGGAGACGCCGACAAUGCUUUGGCUGCUUAUAUAAACGCCCAUCUGUUGGAACCAAAGUACGUCCCCUCCAAGAUUUUGAUCGGUUCUCUGUUGUGUAAAAUGGGAGGGAAGAUGUUACCAGUGGCUAGAACUCUUCUGUCAGAUGCAUUAAGAAUUGAACCUACAAAUUAUAUGGCGUGGUACUAUUUAGGCAGGAUUCACAAGGACGAAGGCCGGAUAGCUGAUGCUGUCGACUGUUUCCAGGCAGCUUCAAUGCUCAAAGAAUCUGAUCCGGUGGAGAGUUUCAGUUCCAUUGUUUGAAUCUUUUUCAAAUAUUCGUGUCUCAUUCUUUGAUUCUUUGCGAACUUAAGCAUUGUUUAUCCUGCUGACACAGCACCACAGGCAUUGUUAGAGAGUUAUUCUCCAGAGGUUUACCGCGAUAUGAUGCAUUUUACAUCCUCAAAAUAUUUAAAAAAAAAUUAGUUGCUGUAAUAUCCGUGUCAGAGAAACCAUACUUCCAAUUACAUGUGGUAGUAAUGUUUCUACGGUUCUGUAUGCUAAAUGAAUGUUUAUGUUGUUUGGAUUUUGAA